UACACACUAUUACCACAUUUAAAGAAGUAUGUUGACUGUUCAAGAUAAUACACGUAUCAGGUCUGUACAGGCGAGAGUAUGGAAUGGACGUGGGCAGGCGGACAAAGGGUAUAUUCAUGCGUUAAUAGUGGGCUCUGGUCGGGUAUAUAAAGUGAGACUUUCUCUCCGCGGCACUCGAUGGAACUGUCACUUACGGGAAACGGUGGACACCGACUGUAGUUCCAUCACAGGGAAACCAACUUCAAGACAUGUCAGACUCUAUCAUGGACGUUGUAGAUCCCUCUGCCUCCAAGGAGAGCGCCAUGGCCGCUCUAGACUGGUGCGUUCAGAGGGGUAAACACGACCUCAUCCAGCCAAUAUUGUCCACCCACUUCACCGACUCCAACAUCUCAGAACUAAGACGAGAAUGUGUGCAACUUCUCAAGCAGGCUGUUGUAGCCGGGAAAGGAGAUGUUCUGGUGUCGCUGCUCAAACACGUGGAUGACGUGCACAUAACGUGCGAUGAGGUCAUCACAGAAACAGCUUACGUCAACAUUAACGGGCUCCUCGGGAAAGCGGUGGAAUAUGGUCACGUUACUGUCGUCGAGGCCCUGCUGGGACGGGGCGGUGACGUCAACAGCUGGUAUCAAGGGAAACCACUCCUGCAUCUUGCUCUUAGUCUACGUCAUGACGAUCUUGCAAAGCUAUUGGUCAGAUCUGGUGGUCACGUGGACAUUAUGGACCAGAGAGGUGAAACUCCACUUACUACGGCCAUUUCUCGUCCUGGCGGAAAGGGGGAUAUAAUCUCAUGGCUCAUGAAACUAGGUGCUGACCCAGAACGGAGAUUGCCGAGUGGAAAACAAGCCAUUCACGUUGCUGCAGGACAGUGCCCGCCUUCCGUCAGGCUUCUGGCUGAAAGCGGAUGUGACGUCAACGCUAUACAUCACGUCACUGGUGAUACCCCUCUUCACGCAGCCUGUACCCGUGCCUGUUCCGAAUCCAUUGUUCUUUUAAUUAGGAAUGGUGCUCGUUUUAAUAUCGAGAACAACAAUGGCGAAACGCCGCUUCUGAAACUGUUGAAUUACGCAACGAACCCACACGACUUCAGUACCAAGACCAGAAAGAAACUGGCCAGAACCCUCAUUGCUUUGGGAUUUCGUAUAGGUGAUUCGUUCAUGUCAAAACCAAGGUCUAGAGUUGGCAGAGUUAAGCCCCUUGAUGUGUACAAGACUCUGGUCCGAGAACAGUCGUUUGUGCCAAGAUUGCAGCAUUUCUGUCGGACGACCAUACGUGACCAUAUGCAAGGGAGACAAUUCUGUGACAAAGUACCCUACCUAGAUAUUCCACCACAUUUGCGGUUAUAUCUGACCUUUCAACCAUCACUUAUAGACGAAACAGUUUCACCCACCACGUAGCAUGGUGAUAGUGUAAUAUUGUCCUUAUUGAAUGUAUCCUUUUUGAAAAUCGGAAAUCUGCUCAUGAUCAGGGCCAGCCUCGGAAUGAGUCGGAUUGACACGAGCGAUCACGAGUGACGGUUUUUGCCUGAUAUAGUUGAUCUGUAUCAUAUAAGAAUGUGGCUGAUUGCUUUGUGUGGUUUGUAUUAGUUUGAGUAUUUUUUAAUAAUGAGUCUGGGUUAGGUAUUUUUGUUUGUUUGUUUGUUGGUGUUUUGGUUGAAAUUUUGCUUUUGUUUUUCCGUUAGGGGGUGGUGUUGGUUUGUUUUUGUUUUGUUUUGGGGUGGGGUUGGGGUCGUUACACACGCACUCAAGGUUUUGGAGGGACUUAAUAUUUUCCUCCAUAAAUUCAUAAUGCUACCACAUAAACUAGUUUCAUUUUGGUUAUGGUGUCAGUGACUAUGUGAAUCGAUGCAGUUGGACACAGAUUCCGAAUUCGAAGGAGUUAGAACAUUAUUUGAAGAAUUAACACAUAUCAAUCAUACGUACAAUAUACACCUUACAACCUGACUUCAGAUGAACACAGUAACAGUCCAAAAGUAAAUUUGUAGACACCAUUAUUGUUAGGACCUGCUCAUCAGUUGGUUUGCAGUAGUAAUGUGCAAAACUUGUCGCCAAAUAACAAUAGCAUUGUCAACUUAACAUAGAUGCCACAAACGAUCCUUUCGUGAGUACGUUAAUGCACAGUUUUCAAUAAAUAUGUUAUUGAUGAGUUACCAAGACAACGGUUAACACGUUACAAUUUAAUUCUGGACUCUCAGAAACUCUCCGCACUGUGGACAC